CUUCACCUGAAGAUGCACGUGGGCCAGAGAUGUGGUUUGUGGAGCUUUUGCUCGUCUUCUGUAGCGCUCCUCACGCUGCAGCCGUGCAGCUGAAGGCGGCGGGGGCUUUGCGUACUUUUCUCAGAACCUCUACCGACGGCUUGCUUCUGCCAACGGUGAAUACGCUAUUAAAUCGCCUGGCUGUGUGCAAUGCUGACGUUUUAGGUUGUACACCAGAUUAUGGUCAACAUUGAUUUAGUUUUUUCCAUCAUUCUCGGCAACAUUUAGUGUCCCCUUUUCCCUUGAUGUAUUCUCGUGAAAUACAAGGUAAAAGGGGUCAAGAUGAGGGGGCCGAGAUGCAAUCGAGUCGCAGACUCUAACCAGAGACUCAGCUUCGCCUCUUAGGAACCUUCGUAGGACAAGGCAUCGCGCUUGCGACCACUGUUCGCUUGUUACAGGAAGCAGAAUUCUUGGGUGCUGUAGCUGCUGGUUUAGGUAACGACGGCGCAC